UUAUUUCGAACCCUGCCUUCAGGCAGCUCUUUCCUCUGUUUACCCUUUGACGCGUUAGACGUGCAUAGUCCUCGGGACACUGAGAAGACGUGGGAAGAGGUACUUAAUCCCUCACGGGUAUUUUAAUGACAAUCAUUCACAACACUCUAGUGGGAGCCGAAGUCGUUUCAUGCUCGAAUGGGAGUUAAUUUUUUCUCUUUUUCUUUUAAAGUGUGAUACAAAAUCAAGUUACUAAACUAAGAUGCGUGCGUGCGUUGUCAAAGUUGGUAACUUAACCUCCUACAAAGAUAUUUCGUGGCUGCCGGUCAUAGGGUUAAAUGCUAUACAAGGCGGAACACGUUUGGGAGUUUUGUUACGAUGCAACCAAUAAACAUUCAUCUUCUCGUUGACCGCUUAAGAGCCCGUUUUGUUCGUCUGUCAUUCAGGGGUGGGUUCACUGAAUGUCACGUGGUCUCCCGUGUAAUUUAAAAUCCAUCAAGUUGACAACGGUAGUGUUGAUCCUGUUAGAAAAUCCCGAAUCUGCCAUCGGGAUACAGUUUUGGGCCAGUGCUUUCACCUCGUCUUGCAAUCCGACUCAUUUCGCAGUUCUCAAGAUUUCGAUUUACACCAUGACGCUUAAUUUUGUUGGAGAGAUGCAAGUGCUUCUGCGGCAGUGGAAGGUCACUUCUAUAAACGGGUUAGGUGGAUCAUUGAUAGCAGUGUUUUCCCUUGCUGUACUGUAUGAGUUCAUGUCGUCAUAUCAUAGGUACCUCGGCCUACCUAAUGGAAGAGGAAAUACCACAAAAGAGUUCAAAGGAAACAAGAGGAUACUUGAUCACCUCCUGAGGACAAGUUCUUAUCUUCUGUCAGCCGUAACAGGUUACUUGUUGAUGCUUGUGGUGAACACUUUCAACGUUUGGCUCUUUAUGUCUGUUGUUGUUGGGUUAGGCUUUGGUUUCUUUCUAUCGAAUCCGUUGUACAUAACGUAUCGCAAUUUGGAGGUACAACGAAGAACACAUGAUCAGAGAAACAACAAUGGCGUUAUAAGGCGAUCAAGAUGCGACAAGCAGAAGGAAAAAUCGCCGACUUGAUCUGAUUUACUGAAUGUGAUCUUGUUGCCUCGCGAACGUUUCGGAUCGAGCGGAAAAAAGAAACUUUAUGCUAGAAUCCAGAUGGACUACGAGGGGCAUUCCUUCCCUUAAAGCGAAGUCCGUCGCGCGAGUCCAAAAAUAUCAACAAAAAGACAAAUGGUGCGGGGUAGUGCGCCACGUGGGACUCUGGACCACGAACUUUUUUCGAACUCGCGCGACGGACUUCACUGAAAAGGAAGGACUGCUCGUAGUCUAGAAUUCAGAAGUGGAAGAAGGACACUAUAACAUAUGAAUCUGUUACACUGCGGCCAGCAGCUCACUCCACGUUAACUCCCUUUUCUUUUCAAGGUUUGAUUAGAAAUUCUAUCGCCAAGUUGUUAUAUAGCCUCUUAUAUCUUAGUUAGGAGUCUUUGAUGAAAUAUCAAAAUAGUGCCCAU